AUGUUCUCAAAGUCACUUGGAAUUAUUAUUGUUUUGGCCACAUUGGCUCUUGCAAAAGCUCAAUUUGGAGGUUCCAUAACUUCAAAUAGCCGCGGCGGAGCAGAUGUAUUUGCUCGAUUGGGUCAUCAAUUUGGAGAUAAUAAAAGAAAUUUGGGUGGAGGUGUUUUUGCUAGUGGAAAUACUUUGGGUGGACCAGUAACAAGAGGAGCAUUCUUAUCAGGAAAUGCUGAUCGUUUUGGAGCCUCGUUAUCACAUUCCAGAACUGAUAACUUUGGUUCGACAUUUUCACAAAAUGUUAACGCCAAUCUUUUUCAAAACGAUAAACACAAAGUGGAUGCUAAUGCCUUUCAUAGUCGUACACAUUUAGACAAUGGUUUCAAAUUUAGUAAAGUCGGUGGUGGUCUUGACUAUAAUCACGCUAAUGGACAUGGAGCUUCAGUAUCGGCUUCCCGGAUACCCCAAUUGAACAUGAACACUGUCGAUGUGACUGGCAGAGCUAAUUUGUGGAAAUCUCGUGAUCAAGCCACAAGUUUGGAUUUGACUGGUGGUGUCUCCAAAAAUUUCGGUGGUCCCCUUGAUGGUCAAACUGACAAACAUGUUGGUGUUGGUUUAAGUCAUAAUUUUUAAAAU